CAGUGCAUCUUCAGACAGACUUAGCUACCCUGGAGGUAUAUUACACUGAAACUGAGCGGUCAUUCUGAACGUCUUUUUUAACCUGAAAGCGUGUGCGUUCUUCUUUGCAGAUAAAGCGAAAACAGGAGAACAUACAAGCAGGAUUGAAGUGAAAAAUAAUUGAAAAGUCGAAAUGAAAGCAAUUAAUCUGGACACCUACAACCUGUCAUUGCUGACAGCUAAAGAGGACAUUCUGAAUCCCCGGUCAUCAACCAACUGGGCCCUGUUUACAUACGUUGGCAUCACAAACAACCUCAAACUGUCGGACUCAGGAGUGGGUGGUGUGAAUGAACUGGCGGGAAAGUUCCACGUGAAGCGGCCGCUGUAUGGGCUAUGUCGGGUGGGGAUGGGCGGGCAGGGACCGUCUCGUAUUGUGAUGAUAAUCUGGGUGGGUGAGGAGAUGGACCAAUAUCGCAGGGCUGAAUGUGCCAGUCAUGUGCCUGCAAUCAAGGCCUUCUUCAAGGAGGCUCAUAUUUUUGUAAAUGCCAGCAGACCAGAGGAUGUGACUGAAGAACACAUCAGAGCCAUCAUCAGCAAGUUCAAUGCUCCUAAAGAGAGAGUCCAAAGGGACCGUCUGUCAGCGGACAAGGAGGAAACUGUGGGUACGAACUAUAAGAGGACAAUAGCUGCCAUGGAGAUUCGAAGGAUCAGCAGAGACUCUUUCUGGGCACGUGCAGAGAAAGAGGAGGAAGACCGGAAAGAGGAGGAGUGCCGGCGGGCCAUCGAGGAUCGGAGGAGACGGGAGAGAGAGCGGAUCCUGCAGGAGCGCAGAGAGGCAGAGGAGAGGGAGCGGAAGAUGAACGAGAAACAACAGAUGAUACGGAAGCAGAGGAAAUUACAAGCUGAGGUUGAGGCAGAGGCACAAAGGCAGGAGAAAUUAAAAUGGGAGCAGCAGCAGAUGGAACGUGAGGAGGAGAUGAGGGCUUCUUUCCGUCACAGUGAAUCCAUCGAGAAGGCAGCAGAGGCAGCAGCGCUAGUCUCACAGCGCUCCAUGAAUCCCAGGGAGUUUUUCAGACAGCUGUCAUCGUCCUCCUCCCGCAGCCCUUCCAACCCGGGCUCUCCCCGGACAGUCAGGCCGCCAUUCCGCCGCUAUCAGCGCAGCUUGACUGACACAGCGUUUAUUUUCGGGGGGUCGGGCUCUUUCACUCCCCCCUCCUCCCCCCGGAGCCCCUUCAGCCGCACCCCCACCUCCCCCUCCCACCGGUCCCUGUCUCCCCCCAGCCCAGGAGGCCCUGACCCCACCUUCCAGCCCAUCGCCUCGCCCCACCCGCCCCAGGCCUCCAACUCACCCCCUCCUGCCCCUGCCUGCUCCCUGCCCAACCUGCCUCCCUCCAUGGCUCUCCCUCCCCUCUCCCCCUACCCUCAGCCCCCCUCCUCGCCCCAUGCAGCAAGCGUCCCAGAGCCCCCAAUCUCCACCCCUCCUGCCCCUGCCUGCUCCCUGCCCAACCUGCCUCCCUCCACGGCUCUCCCUCCCCUCUCCCCCCCGCCUCAGCCCUCCUCCUCGCCCCAUGCAACAAGCAUCCCGGAGCCCCAAAUAUCCACCCCUCCUGCCCCUGUCCCAUCAGCAUCUUCCGCCCCCCCAGGUCCCCUCCCCAGCCUUUCUGAAGCCCAGUUAUCCUCCCUCUCGCCCCCUGGCCCCCUGGAGUCCCCUCCCCCUGAAGAAGCCCCCAGCAGGCCCCUCCCAGAGAGCUUGGAGGCCCCCUCUCUGCAGGCCUUCUCAGAGCCAGGAGGGCAUGAACCUCCCUUCCAGAUACCGAGUGACCCACAGGUGCAGGUCACAGUGGUGGAAGAGGAAGAAGGGGAGGUAGAGGAGGCUCGAGAUUCAGAGGAGAAGACAGAGCCUCAUUUACAGGCCAGUGAAACCGCUGCGGAUUUGACAAGGGGAGAGCGCUCACCCGUGGGGGACAUCCCACCCGUGACUGUGGAGGAAACGGUGCCUGCGCUGCACUGCACUUCCCCGGGGGAGGAGGACCCAGACUCAGAGGCUGAGUCUGAAGGAGAGGCGUCAGCAGAUGAUGGAAAUGAGAACGGGCAGGAAGACGCAGGAGAGGAGUCAGCAGAUGAUGGAAAUGAGAACAGGCAGGAAGACGCAGGAGAGGAGUCAGCAGAUGAUGGAAAUGAGAACGGGCAGGAAGACGCAGGAGAGGCGUCAGCAGAAGAUGGAAAUGAGAACGGGCAGGAAGGCGCAGGAGAGGAGUCAGCCCAGCCCAGCCCAUCAUUGGAGCCGGUCCUAACCGGAGAGGCUGACGAAGGGGUGGAGCUUGCGCCUGUCUGUCACCCGUCCCAGGAACCAGGUGCCACAGGUGAGGCGGUAGAUGAUGGGGAUUUAUCACAGUGCCCUGCUCAGGACCCAUCCUCACUGAGAGCCAAUGGAAUGUGUGCAGAACCAGGAGAGAGGGAUGAAAAGGAUGAAAAUGGAGUUUCUUUGGAGCCAUGUGCCACAGGGGAAAACCUCAAUCUUUCUCAACUAGAUGGUGACUCUGGGCUGAGCCCUUCCACCAGAAAGAAUGAUGGGAUAGAAGAGGUCAUCACAGAAAAUCAGGGGGAGGUACAAGCAGGAAAUGGAGAGGAGAUACACAAGUACUUGGACACAGACGGUCAACUGCGUGUAAGGGCACUGCACUACUACCAAGCUGAACAUGAAUCCGAGCUGUCUCUGGAGCCGGGUGACAUUAUCAGUGUGCUGGAAACUGUGGACAAGGCCUGGUGGAGGGGUUACAACAAAGAUGGCCGCCGGGGGCUCUUCCCUGCCAGCUAUGUGGAGACCAUCUAGAAAGGAGAUCAACUACCAAGUCACCGACAGGAAGACAGAACAACAGGCAGGAAGAUGUUAAAAUAAGUUUCUUAAUGUGAUUAAUUAAUCUAAAUACGCUCUUAAUUCCUCAGGGACUGGAACCAUGGAACAGUUUGAACACAGUGGGUGUGCUUCAGCACUGAAGAACAGCUUUUUUAGCUUCCUGAGGGCAGUGGCAGACGGCUUCAGUCACAUUUAACUAUCUCCUGCUAAUAAUCUAUUUAAAAAGCAGCUAAUAGGUAGCUAUAAUAAGGAAGAGCGUGUACUCGGCAUGUGAUUGAAAGAGGGCGUGGCAUCUAAAAAUACUGGUGCAUAAUGAUAUUCCAUUACACUUAUUUUUGGAUUUACGUAACAAUAUGUUUGGCCUGUCUGAUGUAAAGAGAGAGUUUGGGUUUUACCUUGCUUGCCGAGCAUGAUAUUGCACUGAAACCUGUGUGGGCUGUGCUAUAUUAUGAUUGGACCCAAUUAAUCAGACAACACCUGUUUCUUAUUACAACUGUUUGAAUACAUACAGUAAUAGUAAAAAGCAGUGACUCUAUGAAUCUACAAUGAUUGAAUUCCUUUAGCCCGCUCACCCCCAAAUUUUUUAUUUUUUUUAUUUUUUAUGAAACACCUGCCCCCCUCCUCCCCCCGCCUGCAUGAAACCUGAAACUGUAUUACUCUAUGCUGCGUGUUUUAAGUUUCCUGUUGUGUGUGUUCGUGCUUUAACAGGUUUUUCAAGUCUGCAACCCCGUUUCACGCCCACUACAAUUUCUAUAAUUAAGGAAUUAUGUGAAAAGUAGACAGCUGUAUAGAGGCUCACUCAAAUGGCUGCCCUCAAGGAAAAGACAAGUAGGAUAUUGAGCUUUACGUCCUGUCACUGUAAAUACACCCCUGCCGUAUACUAUCUAAGUAUAUACAGUACUGUGUAAAAGUCUUAGGCACCUGUAUAACAUUAUGUACAGAUAAGAUUCUUUAAAAAAGAAUUCAAUGGAAGGUCCUAAAUAAACAUACUAUACAUUUUACAUUACAUUUUAGUAAUUUGGCAGAAUAAUGAAAAACUGAAUCAAAUCAAUAUUUUUUGUGACACCUUUCGGCGUUAAAACGGCAUCACUUCUCUGAGAUAGCCAACGCUGUCCUGCAGUUCUAUAAGACAAUCAGCAGGGAGGUUGUUCCAAGCAUGUUGGAGAACUUGCCACAGUUCUUCUGGUUGGCUCCUUGCUUCUGAUCUCAGACAGCCUUGAUCAAGUUUUUCAUGUAAAACAUAGUCAAUUGCUUACAGUAAUGUGUUACUUUUUAAAAUUAAAUACAAAAAUGUUUAUGUAAAAUUAAAUCUUUGGGAAAAUGAAUAUUUGGAAAUCUCAAAUGUGUUCUUUUAUACUAACAAAAAAAUAAACAUAUAUAUAAUAAAGUCUAGGGUGCCUAAGAAUUCUACACAGUACUGUGCAUUGCAUAUAUAUUAUACUCAGUGAUACCUGUGUUUGCCUUCAUUCCAACAGGAAUCCAAUCUUUUAUUCCCAAACUGUAUCAGGGCUUAAUGCCGCUAAUAGAUUUGUUUUAGGGCAGUGUGCAGGUCUACUUAUUAGACAAUAUGAAAAUUUAUCAAACAUAAAUUGUCAUUUCAGGCUAAUCCAAAAUAGUUAAAGGAACAACACCCCGCUCUAGUCAUACCUAAACAUCUUUUUUUUCAAAAUCAGUGUUUUUUCUUUUGGUGCCUCAACAAAUUGUGCAUUUGGAGCAGACUUCAGUAUGCUCUCAGAUGUCUCUACUGGAGUUGGACUCCUAUUCUCCCAGUAUCCUCACUGUGGCCACUUCUACUAAAAAAUAUUGUCCUUUAUCGUCUUGUAUGAAAAAAGCAAUUGCAGGAUAGAUAUACUGGUAUUUAUUUAUUAACUCCAAGGGAAAUUACUCCAAGGCUGACAGAGAAAUGCAGUUAGAGUAUUUAAUUAUUGCAUUUCUAGUUAAAAUGGUAAAUUUUUUUAAAGUAUCUACAAAUGCAAAAGUUACAUAUCUAUUAUUUAUUGUUAAAUUAUCAGAAAUAUACCAAAACAAACUACAGUAACUAAUAUGAAUUGUAUAUACGUACAGUAAGUAUACAUACAGUGAAAUUAUUGCCCCUGACUGGCAAUGCAUAAAAAAUAAACAAUAUAAUUAUUGAAAUAAAAUCAAAAUGCCAAUGUGAAGUACUGUACUUUAUUAAUGUUUGAAUGGAACCAGCCAAAAAUCAAUUUAAAAAUAAUA